AGAAGUCACACCAAUGAUCAGAAAAUUAAACGUUUAUGGUGCAAUAAUAACUGCUUAUAAAGGUCUAACCGAGUGAUGUCAUUCAUUUAUUAACAUGCAUUUAUAGAGAAGAGAUACCAAAGCAACUUUUUGAAGAAAGACCUUAGCCAUCAGUUCAAAAAGACACCUCUCAGAAAGGUACACAAUUAAUAAUGCGAGGAAGAGGCCGCGGACGUGGUGGAAGAAGUGGACGAGGAAGAGGGGGAAGCAGGCAAGGAGCUAAAGUAGCAUCAGAGGAUAACAGUGAUCUUGAUAUCAAUAAGGAUUUGCGAGGAUUUUUUGUUGGCACUGCAAGUUUUGAUAAGCAUUAUGACGCACAGGUGUCAAAUAGAAAUCGCUAUAUUGCAGGAAUCACCGUCCUUCAGAAUAAUGGAGUGGAAAUCUCACAAAAUGCAAGGAUUAGGGCUCUAGCUGCAGCAUGGGCAAGACAGGAUCUAAAUCUGGCCAACAGGUUGCUCAAAGACCAGGAGAAUUAUAGCUUUAAUGAGGUCCUUAAGGCUGUUACAUUACUAGACUCAUCUCGCCAGAUCAGAGUUCAUGAGAAAAAAUUAAAGAGAUUGCAACUUCAGGCUGAGAAAGUUAAACCCAGAAAGUUAGGACUUAUUAAGUCUCAAAUUGAUAACCUUAAGGUUAUAAAGCCAAAAGUUGGCUCAGCCAGUGGAGCUGUAUGUAAACAUGUCAGGUCUUGGGUGAGGAACUUCAGCAAAGACCAGUUGGAAUACUUUGCACUGCACAUGCCCACUGAACCAUGGAGGAAACUAGCAGACAUUUGUCACUUCAAUCCAAACCAGGAUUUCCCAUCGUUGCCAUGGUUUCUGCCAUUCUGCUAUGGGUCCCCUGCACCAGAGGAUACAAUGGUUAGCCAUUGUAAGGACAUCACAGAAGAUAACCUCAACUCUAUGAUUAAAGAAUACCCAGUACCAUACAGUCAUAUCAAGGAACACAAAGACAAGUUAACCAGUGAAUCUAAAGCCAAAAUUGCAACAUAUACCUCAAAAUUAGACACUUUGUUAUGGUACUACGAAGACAUAGCUUGUGAAGAGGUGGAUAGAAUAAUAAAUGAUCGUCUCGAAGCAGGAGAAACCGUCUCAUUGCCUGAUGGAAAACUGUUGGAACGAUUACUAAAGAUAAAAAUGAUUCGAGAGGAUAUUCCCACUUCUAUUCUCUGGUAUCAAGUCCCAACCAAAAAGGCAUGCAAUUCAUGCGAUACAUGCAAUACAAAGGCACAGUUCUACCCACUUUUACUUCCCAUUGGACAGAAAAGACUUGAUAAUAUUAGUCUUCCGAUGGAGGCCCCUAUAGUUGUGAUAGGGGAUAUGUCCUCCAGUAUGAAUGUUGCGAUCCGGACAUCAACGAUCAUUGCGUCACUCCUCACCGCAAUCACCUCAGCUAAGCUUGUCUUCUUCAAUCAAGAUAAUCAUGAGGCUCCUUUUAUUCCAACAAAUAUUGAAGAGAUCUUAAAGAUGGCGGUGACCAAUCAGGCCUCGGGGAGUACAAAUCCAGCAGCCUCCUUGUGGCCAUUUUACGAGGCGAAAGAGAAAGUGAACACAUUUAUUAUUGUAACGGAUGAAGAAGAGAAUCAACGGUGCCAAAAUAUGGAUUUUGCGACUAUGUUUGAGAAAUAUUCACGAGAAGUUUACCCCUCAACGCUAGUAUUUGUGUCAUUUCUUCAGAAUCAGCACAGUACAGGAUAUAUGGUUCCUAAACUGAAUGAGAAAGGGUUCCAUCCUUUAGUUUUCAAGCUAGAUAGAACUAAACCAGACCUGACAAAACUAGAUAACCUAUUUGGGCUACUCUCUUCAACAUCGCAAGAUUUUGAUGCACAAAUCUCAGCAAUGGAACAAGAGUUGAAUAUUUCGGAUGUUGAUAUGAGCCAACUGCAUUUAGGUUCAGAUUCAGCUGUUCAAAAUUCAGAAACAGCUGUUCAGGAUUCAGAGACAGUAGUUAAGGAUUCAAAAACAGCUGUUCAAGAUACAGAAACAGGUGUUCAGGAUUCAGAUUCAAAGUGAAAGUUUAAAAACUCAUGAAGAAAGUGUUAAUAACUCAACCAACAAUAUGAUGAUGAUAGAUAUGUCCAUCACAGUGCAGUUAUAAAUUCUACAUAGUAUUUUUUAUAGAUUUACAUAGAACUAUCUACAGUUUUUGCAAUAAAAUAAUAUUUUAUACGAUGUAUGUAUGUUUCUAUCAAUCAAGUAUUUAUUAUAAUAUCAAACAAUUAUUUAAUUUAAAAAAAAUAUG